UCCCAACUCCUCCUAAGAGGGGAAAGGACCCAUUCCUUGAUUAACAAGGAACGACUUCUAUUAACCAUCUUCUUCCUCACCAUCAAUAUCUCCUCUUCUCUUUGCUCCAACAAUCCCCAGUGACAUGGAGGAUUCAAACAUGCUUGCUGCUGACUGCGUUGUUAUAUCAUGUUGUUGCCCCUGCUUGAUCCUUCAGAUCAUCUUCUUCCUUCUGCUUAGACUUCCAUACAAACUGGUAUUAAUGUCCAAAAGAUUCGCUGUCAAGAAACUUAGCAAGAGAAAGAAGGAAGAGAAGGCCAUGGGAAGAGAUGGAGUUUCAUGUAUAAGUGAAAUGGGGAGAAUCCAAAGAGACCUUUUAACAGUUCAGGCAAGAGGGAUUCCUUUCAAUUCUGAUCAAAGUUGUGAGAGAACCCUUUUGGAAAUUGAGAAAGUUUUGGGAGACUUGUGUCAACAGGGAGAGUUUGCUUUUGGAAGCUUUUGGGGAAGAAUGGAGCUCAGAACCUCCCCAUCCAAUAUAAUCGAGGAGGAAUUUGAAAAUGCUGUACAUUAUUCUUUUACUUUUCAUAAUCCAUUAACUCAUUCAAUUUCGUACCAAUCUUGACCACUUUUCUGGUCUGAUAUUGUAUAAUGAGUAGCCCUGCUUUGUUUCGAAUCUCUGUUAUGUUUGUCUCAAAUUUAUGACUUGUUCCGAAGAA